GAAAAAAAUAUAACUAUAUAUUGAAUGUAUCGUUCACGUUAUCAAUAUUAAUAUCGAGAAGAAUCAAUGAUUAAAAAAUUUAAUUAAACGAUUGAUAAUCAAACAUGAUAUUGAGAUAUUGAAUUUCUGUAUUUGCAAAAAGAUCUAUUGAAGAUGACCUUUAGUUUUCAAAUGACACAUGACCUAAUGCGUUCAAAUCCUGUGCAAGAUAUAAAAGAGCCAAAUGAAAAUAGGUAGAACAGUAAUCUGAUUCACAGUUUCUGAUAAAGGUGACUUUUUGUAAAACGGAAAACUGAUUAAAAUAAAAUCAUUUGGCUGCUAUGUAUCGACUAGGAUAUAUCGCAAUGUUCGCAGGUUUAACUGUGAUGGCGCAAGAUUGUUACGACGUCUGCAAGAAGUGCAAUAGAAGUUCUCAAGAAUUAAAACCAGUGGAUAUUAUUCAUUUAUAUCCCCAAUUACAUUUUCCUUUAAUACAAGAUACACCUUAUCUUCUUGAAGAAGAUUUUAUUAAAAAUAAACAGAAUCAUCAACGUUCUCUUAACCGAAACAACAGAAAUUUGUUGCCUGAGUAUCAUAGUCUAUGUGAAACUAUAACAAAAAAAGUGCAACUAGAUGAUUCUGAAUACGAGUAUCAACCGCCCUAUUAUCAUGAAAUCUACUGUAAAAGUUAUAAUUUGUUAGAUAAUUUGCGACGUGCUGUAAAUCUAUCAAAACAGAAAUGCGUGCAUAGUGGUUUUCAUUGCGUGCAAAGAAGUAAAACGCUAUUAUUGGUAAGACGGCGAUGGGAUAACGAAUGUUGGGAACCUUUCGUCAAACAGAUUGCCAGUGGUUGUGAUUGCAUGUGGCCAGUUUCUGUUCUCGGAGAUAUAACUGAUCAUUAUUAA